UCAGGUUGUCAGGGGAGCUCAAACCUCCGACACACCACCAUGGACUUCUAGAACAUGUUAGACUAAUUAUCCAAUCGAAAUUAACGUUACCCCUCUGCCUCUGACCUUAUCCUUCUUGUUGGGUCGGAUUUGGCAAGAUUCAUGUCUACUCAGAUACUCUGUUCCUAUAUAUAUGUAUAUAUAUGUGUAUAGACAGCCAGAGAGAGAGAGUUGGGCUCUUCCAUGUCCACAGCACGAUGACGGCGACGAAUCAUUGUUUCUUCAAUCUGUGUUUCUUCUUUCUUCUGCUUCUGCUUCUGCUUCCGCUUCCUGCAAGUUUUCAUCCCUUGUGUACUGAUUCAAGAGCUCCUGUUUACGUCAACGAGACGCUUCAGUUCUGCGGGUACAGAGGAAGAGCAUGCUGCGACUCCAGAGAGGAUCUUCAGCUUCAGAGACGGUUCGAAUCCAUGAACGUCUCCGACCCUAAUUGCGCUCCUCUCCUCAAAUCCAUUCUCUGUGCUAAAUGUGAUCAAUUCUCUGGGGAGUUGUUCUCUGGCAGCUUCUUUACCCGACCGGUUCCUCUUCUCUGCGACUCAACCUCUGAAGACAUGUGUUCCAGAGUAUGGGAGACAUGUGAGAAUGUCUCCAUUGUCGGCUCUCCCUUCGCUCCCUCCUUACAAGGCGGAGCCACGCCACCGGUUUCCUCCAACGUAUCCAACCUAUCCGAUCUCUGGAAGUCGAAAACCGACUUCUGUAACGCCUUUGGUGGACCGUCCGGCAACAAAUCCAUAUGUUUCAGUGGUGAACCGACCACGAUGAACGGCACCGACGUCGAGCCUCUACCUCCGCCCAAGGGCAUAUGCCUCGAGAAGAUAGGGAACGGUUCUUACCUCAACAUGGAGGCUCACCCCGACGGCUCGAACCGGGCCUUCUUCUCGAACCAACCGGGCAAGAUUUGGCUGGCGACAAUACCAGAUCAAGAUUCUGGUGAACCGAUGGGCAUACAAGAAUCAAACCCUUUUGUGGAUUUGACAGAUCAAGUCAAUUUCGACACACAGUUUGGGAUGAUGGGCAUGGCGUUUCAUCCCGAGUUCUCACGCAAUGGUCGGUUUUUCGCUUCUUUCAACUGCGACAAGGUUAAGUCCCCUGGAUGCUCGGGCCGAUGCGCUUGUAACUCAGACGUUAACUGUGAUCCGUCUAAGCUUCCAAAGGACGAUGGUUCACAGCCAUGUCGCUACCAAGCUGUCGUUGCUGAAUAUACUGUGAAUGGGUCAUCUUCAAGCCCUUCCACUGCAAAGACUGGGAAAGCAUCGGAAGUGAGGAGGAUCUUUACGAUAGGGUUACCGUUCACAUCAGAUCACGGCGGUCAGAUUCUUUUCGGGCCAGACGGGUAUCUGUAUUUCAUGACGGGAGACGGCGGUGGCAGCACUGAUCCUUACAACUUCGCACAGAGCAAGAAAUCUUUGCUCGGCAAAGUCUUGAGGGUUGAUAUCGACACCAUUCCCAGCGAAUCAGAAAUCUCGAAACUUGGCUUAUGGGGAAACUACUCGAUCCCGAAGGACAACCCUUUUCAAGAAGACGAAGACUUCCAGUCUGAGAUAUGGGCGCUCGGGCUGAGAAACCCGUGGCGCUGCAGCUUCGACGCUGAAAGGCCGUCCUAUUUCAUGUGCGCGGAUGUCGGGAAGGAUACUUACGAAGAAGUGGACAUCAUCACCAAAGGCGGAAACUACGGGUGGCGUGUAUACGAAGGUCCUUACCUUUUCUCGGCUCUAUCUCCGUAUGGCAAGAACGUAUCCGAGGACUCGAGCCUUAUAUUCCCGGUCUUAGGCUACAAUCACUCCGACGUUAACAAGAACGAAGGCUCGGCUUCCAUCAUCGGAGGCUACUUCUAUCGUUCUACCACCGACCCUUGCUCAUACGGCUCAUACCUGUACGCAGAUCUAUACGCAGGCGCGAUGUGGGCGGGCAUCGAGACACCAGAAGGCAGUGGAAACUUCACGGCCUCGGACAUACCGUUCAGAUGCAGCGACGAUUCGCCGAUAAAGUGCACGACCGCGCCAGGAAGCUCGUCUCCUGCUCUUGGUUACAUCUACUCGUUAGGACAAGACAACCUUAAGGACAUAUAUCUUCUGACGAGUUCCGGUGUUUACAGAGUUGUUCGUCCGAGUCGUUGCGGGUUCGCCUGCUCGAAGGAAAAUGUCACUGCUUCUACCGGAAAACAGAGCCCUUCUCCUUCCCCUUCGUCGCCUUCUGGUGCGAGCAGGCUCCUCUUUUCUGAUCUGGAUCUGUCUCUGGUGUUGGUUUGUUCACUGGUUUUCGUAUCUUUAGGGUUGUUUUAAGGUAUGGAUUAUGAAUUGAAAUUAGAAUGGGUGUAGGGUUUUGGGUUUAGAAGAGAGACAAAGACGAAGAUCAUUUGUAGAGUAUUAUGUGUUCGAAUCAAAAUGUGUGUACUGAGACCAGAAAAAUAAAGGAAAAUCGUUUUAAAAAAA